AUGAUCAGAGAGAGAGAGAGAGAGAAAGGGGGAGGGGAGUUGUUCAUGGCCAACUUGAGGUGGCGAGGGGCCGCGUGUUGUCAGCCGCAGUCGAGGGCCGGCAACUGACAGGGGAGGACGGGACCACCACCACCACCACCGACACACGCCGACAAGGACGAUGCGGGGCGUCAGUGUGAGGUGCGCGGCACUGCUGCUGGUGACGGCUCUGGCGGGGGAGGCGUGGGGCUUCCACUCCUCCCUGCGCCGCUACACCCGCCAGGCCAUCCACUGCCAGGCGGAGGACACGGCCUGCCAGAUGUGCUCCAACUCCUGCAACAGCGUGGAGGAGUCGCGGCUGCCCGAGUGCUGUGAGGCCUACAAAACCUGCUGCGACCAGUACUUCCAGGCGUGCAAGAAAUGCUCGAGCGUGGUCGUCAAGGACCGCUACUUUCCGGAGUACUGCUGCGCCUCCUUCACCGACUGCUGCGACCUCGUCACCACCUUCACCGCGCCCAUCAAGCCCCCGGAGCCCGUCAGGAGCAAGGAGUCUAAGCCCGACCUCAAGGUCCCCACCGUGGCCGCCCCCAAGCCCACCGUGUUCCCGGGCAUCCAGGCUCCUGCUGCCCCCCUCGCGCCCGCCCUCGCCCCCCAGGCCCCGUCACUAGGCCUCCCCAGCCACGACCCAGCGUUCUCAGCCCCCAGCCCCCGGUCCCAGGCCUCGAGGGUGUCGGUGGGCAAGCAAAGGGUCCAGCAGAACAGCGCACAGCCCCGCCCCAAGCCCCGGCCCCAGUCCAACGGCAACCGGCGCCACGGCAGAGUCACCUCACGUGGCAGAGUCAUAGAGUGAUCUGCUGUCCGCCUGUCCCCUCACCUCGCCGCGGGGCAGUGACGCAGUGACCUCCUGUCGCUGCGUCACCUGUGUGGGCAGUGAUGCAGUGACCAACCCCCGCCUCCUGUGUCACCCUUAGCCCUGCCCUGCCCUGCCCUCCCUGCCUCAUCUCUGCCCUCUACUCCUCACGAGGCACUGCCUCCCUCUGGCACCACAGCCGUCGUCCUGCCCUCCCUCCAUCUCUUCCUCCUCCAUGUGGUCACCCUGCUACUCGUAUUCCUCCCCCUCCUUCUCUUCGCCUCGUGUCUUCACUCCACGUUCCAGGGACACCCGCGAGGCCUUCCUUCUGCAGCCUAACACUUCCUGGCCAUGUCUGUUGGCUGUCUGUCCUGUCUGUGACACAUCACCCACUGGAACCUUCACCACGACCAUUACACCACUACUCCACCACUUUACCACCUCCACCACCACCACCACUAUAUUCACAACCACCACCACUCACCCCCACCCCCACCACCCUCUCCAUCACCACCACCACCACCAUCACCACCCAUCCCAUCCCACUCCAUGGUCAUUUUUUGGUUCACCUGAAUGUCAUUGCAAUAAAUUCUGUUCCUUAUUUUCUCUGGACAGGGAAACCUCUUA